AACUGCUCAAGAAGAAGAAGAAGAAGAAGAAGACGGGCUAGAACGUCACUUGAGAAACAUAAAGCUAACCUGUCAAAAUUAAGCCACAUCCAUGGAAGAAAGAGGAGUUUAAGAGCUUUUUUGGCAAACAAUGUACCAGUUAAGAUGGGGCAGACCCUGUGCAUAUGCUCCAGAACCUCCAUCACUAUUGACAACAAAAAAUACUUCUAUGUUCAGAAACUAGAUGAAGGUGGAUUCAGUUAUGUUGAUUUGGUCGAGGGUGCAAAGGAUGGUCGCUUUUAUGCCCUGAAGAGGAUCCUGUGCCAUGACCGGGAGGGCCGUCAGGAUGCACAGACAGAGGUGGAGAUGCAUCAGCUGUUUAAUCAUCCCAACGUCUUGAGCCUGGUGGCACAUGCCUUUGUUGAGCGUGGGGGAAAAGUUGAAGCAUGGUUACUUCUGCCUUAUAUCAUGAAAGGAAGCCUGUGGUCAGUUCUGGAGAAGCUGCGAGACAAAGGGAGCUCAAUGCCUGAAAAACAGGUUUUACAGAUUUUUCGUGGAAUCUGCUCAGGACUCAAGGCUGUUCAUGAUAAAGGCUACGCACACAGAGACAUAAAACCUACAAAUGUGCUUCUGGAUGAGGAUGACAGACCAGUUCUGAUGGACCUGGGAUCUAUGAACCGAGCCAGGAUUGAGGUUAGGGGAAGCAGAGAAGCCAUUACCAUCCAGGACUGGGCAGCUCAGCGGUGCACUAUUUCCUACAGAGCUCCUGAACUUUUCAAUGUCGAGAGCCACUGUGUUAUCGAUGAGCGCACUGACAUCUGGUCACUUGGUUGUGUGCUUUACUGCAUGAUGAUGCUGGAGGGGCCAUUUGACUUGAUCUUUCAGAAGGGAGACAGUGUUGCUCUAGCGGUCCAGAAUCCUGUGGCCAUCCCACAGUCCUGCAGAUAUUCAGAGGGCCUUCAGAUGCUGUUGAGCUCCAUAAUGGUAACGAAUCCACAGGAGAGACCAAACAUCAACUGGGUCCUGGACCAGGUACAAGACCUGCAGAGCCGAAGCCCCAACACCCAAACCAACAUGGUGUGACCUUGCACAGUAUACUAUAUUUGCACAUGUAUAUCUCCUCCGUUGAGCUUGAAAAUAUUUCUAUUUUUUAGUGAUUUCCAAAACCUUAGGUACAUGCUUUGACCAAACUUUGGGGGGUUGGCAACAGUUUCAGCUUUUAGUUUGACGGAUUUAUUCCAUGCUGUGUACCAUAAUGCAUACCUGUAGUCCAUAGAAGUUCACAGAAUGAUCAAAAGAUCAAGACGGAGGGUCUUGAAUGCAACUCAGCAGUAUCAUUCUCCUAGAUAUAGUUGCUUUUAAUGAUGAAGGGGCUUAGAUGUAAGACAAAGGGAUGAAAAAUAGAGGCUUUGCCAAACUUUACAUUGGGUGAAAGAUUCUGUCUAAAUUCAAUACAUAUCAGAUUACAUUCCCUACCCAGAAGGAAUAUGGACCCAUUUAUUCUUAUUUUUAAGCCUUAAUUCUUGUGUUUUGGGUGUAGUUUUUACUUUAGAUUUAGAAGUUCAAUCUCAUCUUUUGUCCGCACUUACAUUUACAUAGUAUGUACCUUUAUCUGAACUUAGGAAACGCUGCGUACUUCACAUCUGCAAUGCUGCAUUUGAACACACAGUGGUGCUACACCAUUACCAGUCCUUACAUGUCGACAUCUCUCUGUUGUGGAUAAUGUGUGAACAAGCUCAUUGUAGAGCACAGAGUGUAUCUACUCACACAAGAAGAGAGUAAAAUCAAGGACAAGAACAAGUCUGAGAGUAAAUUAAGUUUUGAUCAUUUUACGGAAUAAGUUGUGAGUUUGUAUUAACAAAAAGUCACAGUCAAGUCAUUGUCAUAUCUCCCAUUGCAGUUUAACUUUUUAACUUGAUAUUUCACUGUAUUGUGUUUUUAAUCUAAGUAUUUUUCCAUUACGCCUAAGCUUGUAUUAAAUGCUGGGUUUACCAGUGUGUAUAUCGAUGUGCUCACACUUCUUUUCUCUCAGGGUUCACCUACAUCUCCGAGGGUUUGACAGUCUUUCUUAAUAAACGUAACUGGUACCUUUUUAAAACUGUUGCUAGAUUAAAUAAUACUUUGGGCAUUUAAGUUAAGUGUAAUGCUUUUGUUGAUUUGGUAAGUUGAUGUUGGACCAUAGUGGAUCUGAAAAUGUUCUUGGUUAACUUGUACAGUUAAUUGUUGGAAUGGUAACUGAUUCAAUGUUGAAAUAUGUUCUGUUUUUAAUGUGGCAUUUGGAUAUGUCACAUGACCAUGGUUUUGUGCGAUUGUUAUUGGUGAACCACUACUGGUAUUACCCCACAGAUUAACGAAGGCAUAUUUUAAGUAUACUGGUAGUUUGAAGAUAACUGUAAGAGCGUCUUAUUUAAUCACGGGAAAUUCUUCUUAAUCUAUUGUUCACUGUACAUUAAAAUGACACAUUAGUUGUGUAGCUCUCUGUACAGUUUUCAAAUGAUUGUCUGUGAAAUAAACUGCAUCCUGGAUAUAAACACUAAA